AUGGCCUCCCUCCUCUCCCUCCCAACAGAGCUCCUCCUCGCCAUCUUCCACCUCCUCCCACCUCUCGACAAGCACUCGUUCUCCCUAUCCUGCCAACCCCUCAAACACACCUUCACCCCCCUCUGCCCCCCACUAUCCCUAGACAACACAUACGCCCUGCGCUCACGCCUCGCCCGCGAUGGCCUGCGCUUCACCAGCCACGCCUACUGCUCGGCAUGCAGCACAAUGCACAGGCACAAGUUCUUCACCCCGAGCCAACAAUCCCUCGCACCCACGAUCCGCAAAUGCACAUCCACCCAAAGGUGCCUCUACAUCGGGCCCGGAAUCAUCAGCCACGACGACGCAUCGAAGCGCGAGUCCUGGUGGCCGCGGGCGUACCACAACAACCACGAACAGCCGCAGCCGCAGCCGCAGCGAAGCUCAGGCUUCAUCGUGCGGUUCGGUCUGGAGCAUGGACUGAGAACACAGGAGUUUGGACUGUGUGCCUCGUACGAGCUGACCACGCUCCCGGAUAAGCAAGAGUUUACUGUAAGCAAAGCCGAGACCACGCGCCUCCUGCGCGGAUUCGAUAUCCCGACGUGUCCGCAUACGAGGCUGGGCGAUGGCACGGUUGCGAGGAGUUAUCGGGAGACAUUGUCAAGCUCUCGAUACACCGUGAUUUUAUCUGAGAAGGAGGAAAUGAGGCGGCGGGCCCGGGCUGCCAUGGGAGCUGGAAACCACGUCAGUGUCGACAUCGACGUCGACAUCGAUAUGUGGCGUUCCGACGACUCCGACGCGCGCUGCAGGUUCCCGGGGUGCAAGACGACCUUCCGGUGGGAGUACCAGUCCAGUCGAAGAAGAGCUGGGUGGAAGACACUCGUGCUCCAUGUGAAGCGGUCGCUUGGGAAUUUGAUGACCCCGCAUGAUCCGCGCUGGAUGGUGCAGUUGGUGUCUGUUCCGGAUGAAGAGGAGCUGGCGGCGUACGUGAAGGAGUGUUUUGAGUGGAGGGAUGCGAAUAUGGCGAUUGAGGAGAGGAGGUAUGAGCGUGUGCUUAUGGCUCUUGGCCGGGGUCGAGAGUUGGAUGCCGUGCAGGAGUGCGAGUUUGAGCAGCUGCGUCGGGAGAAUGAUUAUUUGCGUCACCCGCAUUACAAGCACGAGCGCUUGCAGGCGGCACUUGAGCCUACUGCUGGUCGUGGAGAGGGGGUGCCCUCGACGCUGCUGCUUUUGGAGGCGAGGGAGCGCAGGCAACAAGGGGUUGAGAGGGACUUAUUUACGCCGCUGCAUUCGGCUGAGGCUGUUCUUGGGAUGAUAGAGGAUAAUACCUUUAGUAAGAAAUAUAACAGUAUGCGAGGAUUGGGGUCGUACCAGACGAGGAUCAGGAACUUGUUUUGGGGCUCAGGAGAUGGUUGA